UAUUGUGCCAUCAACAGAAGUAAACUGUAUACACAUAGAUUUGGUCAUUGGUUGAGCUCAAACACCGUUUGCUUGCUACACGAAAAAGAUACACCGUGUUGACUUUUGAUUUAAAAUCUGCGUUUUUUAGUUAUUUACUUUAUUAAAUUAAGCUGAAAUGCUGAAAGGGGGCGACGGCAAAAUUCUGCUGGACAAUUGGCAAGAGGAGCGUCAAGUGUACGAUUUGGACGAGACUUUCACCAAGAAUGGACACAGAGGUCUUCUGUCUACUAACUUCGAUGCCACUGCCUCUGACUUGACAGAAGUGCGGGAGAACUACACCCCCAAAACACUCGCCCCCUCCCAUCCGGGGGGCAAGCGGAUGGCACUGCUGGAACAGGCACUGUUCAAAAAAGUGGCCUCUGAGGUGAUGGAGGAGGGCGACAUGCCGGGUGCAAAUGAGUUUCCCAAGGAGUCGGUGACUCAUGAGCACUACAACAAGGAGUUUACGCCCAUAGAACACCCGGUCACCAUGAUACACGACGCCAACAAAGAGAUGCCCAUCUCAUACUGGACGCAAAAAGUGGACAAAUCCCACGGCAUGACGCAGAUCAAGACAUUCGAUACGCCGUUCAGGAAGAAUGCCAAAUUCAGCACCCCCAUAGAACUAGCCUAUGAUGAGCCGAAACCAUACGAAGUGGACAACUAUCCCUACAUGACCAAGGACGGAUAUAACUAACAUACACAUUCAUAUUUUGUCAUUCGGCUUAAAUUUUAAUUGUUCAAUUGUAAUCAAA